GUCUUUUCACAUUGUGUCCACACCGGCAAUACCACCCUAUCGCCUGGAACGCGUAUGGCUCGCAUGAGCCGGUGCAUCAGACUAAAUAACUUAGGUAACGAAUCGAUCUGAGUCAUGUGCUAGACUUGAAUUUCGUUCAUUUCAUUGCAGGGGGAGGGACACAAAAAAAGCGAAAAGCUGCUUCCAGCCUAUCACGUUUGGUUUCUCUCUGCCCUUGGAAGACUACUACACUGUAGCCUACUACCGAGAUUUUUUUUUGCCUCUCCAGCCGCAUACAAAUUUUCACUCUGCUCAACAACCCUGUCAUUCAUACAGGAGUGGCCACUGAAAUUGGACGGUGUCGUUGAAUGGCCAGAUCCGUGGACGAUCUGAUGUGUCUGACCUCUGACGCAAACAAGACCCUGGACACGUGCAGUACUGGAACAUCGAGCUGCCUCUUCAAGGAUUUCAGCAUAGUCUCCACCGGAGCGCGACCAUAGUAAGACGCCUUUUGAUUGCAUGCACUUGCAAAACUACCUAGGUAUAUAUACCUCAAACAUCGGGCCAUAAUUAUACAACCGUCGCACCGAUCCAUCACGGAACAAAACGAAACGGCGUCGCACAACCCAACACAAAGCAAGAUGACUACCAAAACCGACUUUUCGACCCCAGACAUCCCCAUGUCAGAGGCGACGUUUUACUGUUCAGCGUGUACGCGUAUCAAUGCACCUGCGUCGCUGGUGUUUCGGACUCUACGCAACACCGAAACGUGGAAGGACUGGAACCGCUGGGUUCCCCGUGUGACGAUAAUCUCCCAACCCGACGACGAGGACGACGCUACCCUCGCCGAGAUCGAGGAACUGGUGCGCAACACCUCCAUCGCCGUCAGCUACGACUCUGAAAUUACAGACGGUGCGGCUGCCAUGACUCCUCAACAACAGGCCUCCCGACGCGGCAGCCUGGCCCGCGAAGUGAUCGAGUCUCAGGAAGAAGGCAUUGGGAGGAGGAGCUCCGACGGCCACCUAUUCCCCCCCGUCAUACGCCAGCGCCUCGCGAGCAACGCCGGCCGCCUGUCGGGGCAAUCCAAUCGACAGAGUUUCGAAGCGACCUCGUCACCAUUAGCCCAACCAGACACCACCACCACCACGACAACGGCUACAACGACAAAUGGUCUCUCGGGGGCCCAAAAAUACCAAGCGGCUCAAGAAGCCCGCAAGGCGUCCCUGGCGGCCGGCGAAAACCCCAAUAACAGCAACAACAACGCCGCCGUCAUGGUCGAAUCGCCCAACAACCCUGCCGUACUGAUGCCCGCGCCACGCAACACGGCCUCGACGGCGCUCGCGGUGUCGCACAACACCAAGGACGCCGCGGCCCGCCGCAAGAGCUCUUCGUCCCGGCGUCAACUCAACAUCAACGCCCUGUACGGCGAGCCCAGCGUCCGCAUCCAACUCGGCACCAAGAUGACCUUUUGCGUCAAGAUGAAGCUCCCCAGGAGCCCCGAGGUUCGCCAGACCAACAUGGUCGUGACCGAGGUGUCUCGGCCCGACGACCCCACCACCGACGACAACAGUGCCUUGGGUAACGACAUCACGCGGAUCCAGACCCACACCGUCUCCAAGUCGGGGGUGUACCGGUUGGUCUGGGCCAUGGAGAACGCCUACAACCCUCCCAAGGCCUUCCCCCGGUUCCUGCUCCAGGCCCAGCGGGUACACGAGAUCCGGCCCAUCAUCAGUGGCGACGGCACCGAACAGUGCGAGUAUUGGGACUGGGAGGCCCAGAGGGGUCUGUUGGCGAAAAAGGUGAAGAAGGACUUUGCGAAAUACAUCGAGGAACGAAUGGUCGAGUGGGGUCAGAGGUUGGGCGAGUUUUGUGAGAGCAUGGGAGGUGCGGUGGAGAGGAGGGAUUUUGUGGGAUAAUACGGAGGAGUAACAAACAACAGUAAUGGUAAUAAUGAUACCCCGGUGGUGCUGCAGUACCGAAGAAUUCAACCAAUAUCUCUCGCAGACAACAAAACCCAAAAAAAAAGAGUAAUGCGCGCGGUUGUGGGAUGAUGGUGAUGAUACCCAAGGGGUCAGUACUGAAGAAAUGUUGAUUUCACACACAGAAUUGAGAAAAAGGAAUACGGGAUGCACGGG